UUAAAUAUGCUUUCUUGUUUAAUAAUAAAUCGUAUUGUAAAUUUAUCAUUAUGAAUGAAUUUUUAUCAGAUAAUAUUAUCACGAUGAACGAUACAAAGCAUGUGGAUGAACAAUUAACAAUUAAUCAAACUGAGUGUCCUUAUGAAAUAGAAAAAUGUGUUAAGUGGAUUAAAUCAAAUAAUUUAGUAAAAGUAUGUUUACAAUUCCCAGAAGAACUAUUGUUAGAUUCAGUGAAAGUUGCAUUAAAUUUAGAAAAAUGUUUAAAUAGAAAAGUAUAUAUUCUGGGAGAUACCACGUAUGGCAGUUGUUGUGUCAAUGUAAUUAAUGCUCAACAUAUCAAUACUGAUGGUAUAAUACAUUUUGGACAUGCUUGUCUUAAUCCUGUAAAUCAAAUAUCUGUUUUUCAUGUUUUACCAAAAAGACAAGUCGAUUUAACGUGCUUUCAAGAUCAACUUAAGGAAGUAUUACAAGAUACAAACAAAAAAUGUAUACUUUUUUAUGAUGUAGCUUAUGCACAUUUGAUUGAAUCUAUAUACACCAGUUUAAAACUUACAUUUAACAAUUUAAUUUUAUCAUAUUUAAAUUGUACAUCAAACGUGGAAUUUACGGAUAAUAAAAGUUCAUCAGAAACAGUUGUAUUAGGUAGAAUAUAUAAUUUAGAAAAUAAUAGUACGAUAAAUGAUUAUGAUGCAAUAUUUUUGGGAGAAAAUGGAAAAACAUUUUCCACGUUAGCAAUGACUAUUCCUGCCAAAAAAUGGUAUUAUUUUGAAAAUAAUCAAAUUAUUGAAUUUAACGUAUUAAAUUCACCCUGGUUGAAGAGAAGACGAUUUCUCGUUGAAAAGCUUAAAGAUGCUAAUAUUGUUGGUAUAGUGGUAGCUACGUUAGGAAUAAAAGAUUAUUUGAAAUGUAUAUCAAUGGUUAAAAAUAUUCUUAAACAAAAUAAUAAAAAAACGUAUACUUUAUCAGUCGGUAAAAUAGAUCCAACAAAAUUAGGUAAUUUUCUAGAGAUUGAUGCAUUUGUUGUAAUAACAUGCUCAGAAAAUGAAAUAUUUGAUUCUCGAGAUUACUUACGACCCAUAUUAAUGCCAUAUGAAGUUGAUUUAGCAUUCAAUGCUUCAAGAACAUUUUCUACACAAUAUUGCAUCGAUUUUAGACAAAUACUACCUGGUGGUUUAAAUUAUUGCGAUUUAAAAACAUCUAAGGAUGCAGACAUGUCAUUAAUCUCUGGAGAAAUUAGAAAUACAAAUAAAGAUAAUAUUUGUAUUGAUAAAAUGGAUGCUUUAGUUUUAAAAACACCAGGUGUUGUAGCUAUUGGUAAUGCAGGAGCACAAUUUCUUCAAGAAAGAUCUUGGAAAGGAGUUGAACAAAAUUUAGGUCAAGAUUCUCCUUGUCCUGCACAAGUAGGACGAAAAGGUAUAGCAAGUCAUUAUUACAAUGAAUUAUUAUGUACAGAUAAAAAAGAUAAUAUGAAAACAUAAAGAAAAAUUAUUUAUGUCUCUAAUUAA